CGAUGUAGUAAAAUUGCUAAAAAAGAAAAGCGAUACUGCCGAUUUCUCAUAUCAAAAGCAGGCCACACUCACCAGGCUCACCCUUUAUUCUCCAAUGGCUCUCUCCGUCUCCAUUUUAGCCACCGUCACUUCUCUCCACCUAAUCGCCUUUGUCCUCGCCAUCGGUGCCGAGCGGCGUCGCAGCCACGCUAAGGUGGUGCCUGAUCAGUAUGAUGAGAGGACUUACUGUGUGUACACCACUGACGCGUCGACGGUGUAUGGACUAGCGGCGUUUGGGCUGUUGUUAUUAAGCCAAGCUGUGGUUAACGGCGUUACCAGAUGUCUCUGUUUUGGUAAAGGGCUUUUGAGUGGGAGCUCCUCCACCACUUGUGCUAUCUUCUUCUUCAUCCUUUCCUGGGUAAGCUUUUUGGGAGCUGAGGCAUGUUUAUUGGCUGGAUCAGCAAGAAAUGCAUACCACACCAAGUACAGAGCAAUCUUUGGAGGCGAGCACUUAUCUUGUGCCACUCUCCGCAAAGGUGUUUUUGCUGCGGGAGCAGCUUUAACAUUGGUGUCAUUGGUAGGGUCGAUUUUUUACUAUUGGGCUCACUCUAGAGCUGAUACUGGUGGAUGGGAGAAGCACCAAAAUGAAGGCGUUGGCAUGACUGCUUCAAGCUAUCCACAGCAACAGCAAGCUAGUGAAUUUGAGAAAGUUUAAUGUUACAAUUUGAUUAGAUUUAGAAUAUCUACAAUUUUGAGAACUUUAAUCUUGGGAAAUAUGGGUGGAGAAGAAAGCGAAUGGUUUUUAUAUAUUGAGAGCUCGUGGACAUAGGAUGUGCUGUAUAAUAUUUGGUGUUUUAGAUCUAAAUAUAUAUAGUGUUUGUUCA